UGAAACAGAGUUUCUCACAUUUCUGGAGUCCCCUAAUUCAGGGUUUAAGCUCUCUCUCUCUCUCUCUCUCUCUCUCUCUCACACACACACACACACACACACACACAUAGUGAAGAUGAAAGGAUGCUUAGGGGAAAUGGGGUUCAAUAAAAGUGGCGGAAAAAUAAAUUGGUUCCCUGGCCAUAUGGCUGCUGCCACUCGCGCCAUUAGCCGCCGCCUCAAACUCUCCGAUCUUGUCAUUGAAGUCCGUGACGCCCGCAUACCUUUGUCCUCAGCCAAUGACGACUUGCAGCCUAUGCUUUCUGAAAAAAAGCGGGUGAUUGCGCUCAAUAAGAAAGAUUUGGCCAACCCGAACAUCAUGCAU